UUUGUCUCCUUUUCCUUUCUGGGUCUCCAUCUCUUGGCCUUGUUUUCCUCUUUCUGCGGCGUUUUGGAGUUGGAAGUGGAUGCUAAAGGUCUUGCCUUUGGGUUCUUUGCUGAUUUUUUUUCUGCUUUUUUGACCUCAAAUCUGAAGAUUGGUGUUCAUCUUUAGCCGUCAAUAAUCUGAGUAUUUCCUUGAUUUGGAGAGAAAGAUGAAGGAUUUUCCUGGGACACCAGGCACUGCUCUUGGUUUGACUCUAAGGAUGUCACAGUUCAUUUUUGCUGCUGGGUCAAUUGCUUCCAUGGCUACCACACCCAGUUUCUUUAAUUUUACGGCCUUUUGUUACUUGAUAGCUUCAAUGGGUUUACAAGUCAUUUGGAGUUUCGUGCUUGCUUUAUUGGAUGCAUAUGCCUUGGUGCGAAAAAAGGUCCUCCACAACCCUGUACUGGUUAGCCUCUUCUUAGUUGGAGAUUGGGUAACAUCAACACUCUCUCUAGCUGCAGCGUCAUCUUCAGGUGGCAUCACAGUUUUGUACUUUAAUGAUCUGGGACACUGCCAUUUUGGAGAGGAAUGCCAAAAAUAUCAGAUUUCUGUUGCAUUAGCCUUCUUGAGCUGGAUACCGAUUGCAAUAUCAUCCCUAAUUAUGCUUUGGCUAUUAGCUGCAGGGUAGCAGCAGACUCUAUAUUCCGCCAGAAUUCUCUCAUCCCACAGAAGUUCAUCUUAUUGAAAGUGUCAAUAUGAAAGAAAAUAGAGUAGAGAUUUACACUCAUUAAAAUCGAUUCCUUCAUUUCAACCGGAAUUGGGAUAGCAGCAGAUUGUAAAGAGAAAGUGAAAAAUGUAUAUGUGAUUUUGCCUUGCAAUGAAAUCAAUCUACCAAUAGUGCUAUUUGAUUUCCUGAUCCUGAGACUAGAAGGUCAAAACUCUUAUGUUUACAGGAAAUUGGGAUGAUGCUAAUACAUGUAUUU